UUUCUGGUUCUGGGGUCAGAAAUGACUCAGUAACGGAGCAACAUGUGGUGGUGAGCAUGGAGGUAAAACCUGGCCCACGCUGGCCAUCUGCAGACCUGGAUAAUCCCUGUUAGGAGAUUAAACCUGCAGAGAGGAGGCAGAGCAACGUUCCGUCAACAGGUGUGAAGGAAACCCUGUUUUUGGACUCGUGAAGAAGCAGAAGGUUUGGGAUGUUUGGAGGUCUGUGGUUUUCUUGUGAAGGAAUGAGAAGAAGCUGCACUGAGCUGCUGUUUUCCCUCCAGAUUAGGAUUCUCCUCCACUGGGAUGUUUUAUCAGACAUCUGGGAGGAUUUACUGAAGCUUCAACCGGUAAAAAAAUACCUCAAGAAAUUCUACAUUAAUUCUGGAGUAAAUCUUUUCUGAAAAUCUAUACAUUUAUUUUAACUUUCUCUGGAAGGAUUAUCAGGAUUAACUGAGUUUCUGGAUUAAGUCUAAAGAAUCUCCUUCAUUUUCAGCACUUAUUUUGGGGACAUUAAAUGCAAAAUGACCUAACGCAUUUCUUUCCAAGCUUCAGAGGAAAUAUUUUUAAUCUGAUCACCAACAUUGUCACGUAAAGAACUCAAAGUUUUUCUUUUUCAACGUAUCCUGGAUUAUUUUUUGGGAGAAAUUAUAAAAACUAUCUGGUCUUUUACGAUGAAACGUUUGAGCUGUUUGCGUACGUCGGAUGAAGCCGUUCACCAUCUAGCCAAUCACUGAUCAGAAUGAUUUCCUAUGUUGAAUGUCUGGGAGGUGAGGGGGCGGGGCCUGGUGUGUCGUCACACUGCUGGAAUAGGGGGCCCGAUGAAGAGCAAGAUGAGCUCCUUCCUCGCAAGAUGGCCGUCCUCCAGCCUAAAACGGAAGGCAGCCUGAGAAGGCGCCUCCUCAGCGCCAAGAUCCACCAACAACAGACCGCCAUGAUGGGACUGCACCCCAACAGGCCAGCAUCGCCUGUUGGUGACAGAGCUCCCCCCCACUGUAACCCCUGGCUCCUCCCACCUCGACAGCACGUCCACCCUUCUCUUCCCCCAGAGGCUCGUGGGAAACUCUUCCUCUCUCUAGAAUCUUGUACCAAACCCCAGAUUCAAGCCCAGGUGCAGCGCCCCUCCUGCCCCGUCCUCAUCCGGCGCCGCACCAGUUCCUGCCCCCCAUCCCCGGAGCCUCGCCCCUGCUAUGCCUUACCCGUCCCUCCCCCCAUGAGUAUGACAAACCCCCCAAAGGAACCAGAGGUUCCACCUCAGUAUCAGUACCAGCCCACCAAGAGGCGGAAAACCAGAUUCCUUUGGUUCAGACGGCGCCAGAGGAAGAGCUUGAAGGCGGACGCUUUGCCCACCACCCCCCUUCUGCAAAAAGCGGGGGACGGGGACAGUAAAUGGUCCGUUCACUACAGUACCCAGAAGCCUCGGCAGGGUCUUCGCUUCAUUCCUGGGAAAAGACGAUCGGGCAGUGCGGAUGACCUGCGAGCCUGCAAAGGGCUGACUCAGCAUGACAGCUUUAAGCCCCGCCCACCGAGUCCCACCUUUGCUCCAUUCUCUGGUCUUGACCAAUCAGAGGGCAGCACCCACAGAGGGUGGCGUAACAGAGGCAGAAAGAUGAGGAUUAGAUUCUUGGACUUUCUUUCUCAGUCUUGUUUUUCAGUUUGUUUCAAGUUUUCACUUUGGAGGAGAAAGUCUUCAGCCUCUUCGGAUGAAGAUGAUAAGUUCUUCCUCACCAACCCACGGCCUAUGACUCCACUGGUCCUAAAUCCCAUCAGUCUCACUUCCGCCUGGGACGACCUCGGAUCAGGAAGUGAUUCAAACUCCAACCUGGAUGUGGAGCCCUUUCAGCGUCUUCCAACACCGGAGGAGAAGAUGAGACAGCAGGCAGACGCAGUCGCCGCUGAUAUAGUUCCCAUCAAUGUAACAGGUGAGAGUUUUGAUCGACAGGCCAGUUUUCGGAGAACACUCUCAAACACAGACUCAUUGAAUCGAAGACCUCAUAAACUGAGCCGCCGUAAGACGGUUUCUGCUUUAUCGGAUAAUGUCCUCCCCAAGCCUUCAGUUUCCCUGGAUCUUCCGGGUCAGUACUCCACUGUGGGUCGACCUGCUUCCUCAGUCUCCUCUCAACAGAAGAGCAGAGAGGUGGAAAUGUGGGAAAGUGAAAGAAACGGAAAGGAGGGGCAGUAUACCUCAAGAAGAAUCAGAGCCCCUAAAGGAGAAGGCAUGUCCAGUCUGAUGGCCUCCCUCACCUCCUCACCAAAUAUAGGCAAAGAGCCCGUCUCCUGUCAGUCAUCUCCCUCCGAUGGUCGUAUCCCGCCUACCAACUCCUCUCUGAGCUCUGAGGUCGGCUUUAAAGGCAACACCCAUACAACGCCCAGUGCCUCGUCCUCCUACAGCCAGUCACAGGACCAGCAAGGGUUCCCAAGUGACUUUCAGCCACUGCUGCUCUAUGACCCCGCUGUCAGGGUCAUGCCCCAGUCACCCUCUUCCUCGUCACCUUGUUUUCCUGCUUCCCCUGUCAACUCGUAUACCUCUGACACCCCCAGUCAACUACAGUCAGAGUGGUCUUAUCCCGGUGAAACGGCUUUAGAUGAGGGUCCCACUCCCUGCCUCUCCUCUUCCUCCUCCUCCAUUGCUGAUUCAGUAUCCCAGUAUAGUUACCAGGCUCUGGCAGAUCCGAACAUCACCAAGAAAAAUGCCCAGAACUUCUCUGAUGGUGACUCCUGCAGCGGUGAGAGCUGGAACUACAGACCACUCUCUCCCAGUUCCAGCAUCAUCAGUGGUAUCAAUCAAGAGACAAGAAGUGUCUCUGAGGAAGGCUGGAACUGUGAACCCCUUCUCUCCUCCGGUCGCUCUACCCCUUACUGCGAUGACAACACCUCCCUUUGCUCUGAGAAGAUGCUUUUAUCUCCCUCACAGAACCGGGAGAAAAGAAAGUCAAGCACUUCAGCUUUUUACUCCCAGACUAUAACACGAAGCAUCUCUCUACGCAAGUCCAAGGUCCCACCACCACCACCACUCCGCUGUGACUCUUUAAGGCGCCGGCCAGGUCGCAGCAGGGCCCCGUGUUCUUCAACGAGCCCACGUCCCAACCGGAGCCCUCGUGUUGAUCGCAACACCUUGCAAACACCCAUCUCAUCUCCUCAGACCUUUCCUGAUCCCUGGGUGCUCCGGAGCAAUACUAGAAAAGAUGAAAGUAGUCUGAACUGUGGGACGGCCAUAACCUUUGAGCCUUUGAGUCCAAACUCCAACAAACCAUCUACUAGUGACUCUGAUCCCUCUGGCACCAACCUAUUAAGCCCCAAACACUGCCUCAUGCUGAAUCCUGGAUCUCCGGUUUUAAAGGAUAAAGACCUUAAACUUACACUUAGUCAUCCAUCCGACUCCUCUGUUGACGGAUUUCCGUGCCUUGCCUCUCCAUCUAGUGGUUACUCCAGCCAGUCCAAUACUCCAAGUUCUGGAACUCCAGUUUCUUCACCCCACAAUCCUUCCUCUCCUCUUACAGCAAGCCCUAGUGCUUUUUCCCUCCCUCCAACUUCCCCUUCCUUGACAUCUUUCACUUCAACCAUACCAACAUCCCCCUCAGCCACCUCCCUGCCCAGGACCAGGUGUUAUGGGAAAGGGAGGCUAAAGCCCCCAGUGCCACAGAGGAAGUCAUCUCUUCUUUCUUCCUCCACAUCUUCUCUCUCCUCUUAUACCUCAUCUGAUUCCUUAGCCAGACAACCACUUCUCCCUAGACUCCCUCCGCCUCCUCCUCUUCAUCCUCUUCAUCUUUCACAAUCCACUCCACCUGCCCCAGAUUUCUACCGUCCGAUUAACAAUAUUCGUCCACCACUUCCACAAUCUACUCCCCCAGUCUUUGAGUUCUCCCCUUCAGUUACUAAUUUUCCUCCUCUGCCCCCACCACCUCCACCGGCACCUCUUCCACAAUCUACUCCCCCAGUCUUUGAGUUCUCCCCUUCAGUUACUAAUCUUCCUCCUCCGCCCCCACCACCUCCACCGCCACCUCUUCCACAAUCUACUCCCCCAGUCUUUGAGUUCUCCCCUUCAGUUACUAAUCUUCCUCCUCCACCGCCACCACUUCAACAAUCUAUUCCCCUAGCCGUCGAGUCCUCUCUUUCAAUUACUAAUCUUCCUUCUCCACCACCACCUCCCCCACUUCCACAGUCUACUUCUCCAGUCCCUGACUUCUAUGUUCAUGCUUCCUGUCUUCCACCCUUUCCUCGUCUUCCUCCUGUUCCCUCUGAGUCCACCCCUCCCCGUCUUCCUGCCCCUACAGCCAUCACUUCUAACCCUUCACCACUUCCACUGUCUUCCUGUCCUUCUCUUUCACCACUUACCACCCCUUCCAUGCAUGACUUUUGCCUCCAUGUUCCUCUGUCUGUUAACAAAGCUCCUCCUCCUCCACUUCCUAAUGAUCUCCCAGCUUUAUCCCUACCCCCUGCUCCUCCUCUACCUACCACCAUCCGGCCUCCACCUCCUCCCUACUCCUACGCUGUGAGGCAGACCUCAUAUCAUGCUCUGGUCUCCACAGUAUCAUCCAACAAGGAUCCUCCCCCAGUUCUGCCCUCUUUGAAAUUCCCUGACAAGUCUGACUUGCCUCCUCCACCACCUUCUCCUCCACCUCCGUCUCCAGGGCUCUACUCUCUGAUCACCUCUCAAGCUUUGCAGUGCGUCAAGCUUCGCUCAGUCAAGAAACAGGAAGUAACGCAGGGAAAACAUGACCCUAAUGACAGCAAAUGCUACAUAACAGACUGUGAUGUAAUGAAUGAAUCAUUUCUGGAUAGCCUUGCUAAUACUGAUACAAAGGUUUCAAGGCAAGGAGCAAAUAAUUUCAUCAAUCAAUCUGCAAGUGGCAGUGAGGUAAAUCAGUUAAUAGUAAAUGGCACUCUCCAAGUUAGUACUGAAUUAAAAGAGCCAGAACUCAAUGGGAAAGACCCAAUAACAAGUGAAAGUGUAAAUUCAAAUAAAGAGUCAAGUGAUGCUAAUCUUAAAAGUUUAAAUGACAACAUCAAAGACCAUGACGUUAAACUAAACACAGAAACGAUCCAAAACUUCCAACUGGAUGGACAACAGAUGAAAAAUUCGAACAUCUGUCCUCCUCUAGAAAGUAUCAAAGGCUCUAGUCUUGACGCCCCAUCGGUAGAAACGUGUCCUGACGAUGAGGAGGCAUAUCAAAGGAACACCAAUAUUUUAAACCUCCCAUUGAAACAAUCUUCUUCCGAAACAGACUCGGCAAAGCAAACAGGGCCAAUGAGAGAAAACUUAAAUAAAAAAGUUAAUGAAUGUAACACAUUUACGUUUGAAAUUCAGAGUGAGAUAGAUGUGAAAAACGAUAAAAGAGAUCUUCAGAGCCCGAGGAAGCUCUGCUCCCCAGGGAAACCCGUUCUACCUAAGAAGCCUGAUCUUGACAUUCUGGAUCUUCUGAAAUCCCCGAAGACUAAAAGAGGUCCAGGGGGGUUUAAGGACUCUGGGCAACUCACAGAGUCUUCCUUUCAACCUAAUACUUUAGAUUCCACACUAUCCCAAACAUAUUCAGCAAGCAAUAUGCCAUUGUCGAAGAAUUUGACAAGCAUUUUGGACAAAUCGGAAAUACCAGGAUGCCCAGUCAACACAGGGAACUCACCUGACAGUUCCCCAUAUCAGCAAAAGCACAGGAAGUCAGAUGUUCUGUUGAGCUGUCCCAAGAUAGCAAAGCCAUUUUUUGCAUCCGAAAACACUGGAAGGAAACUGAAAUGGGCUGCAGCAAACACUGAUGGUUUAGACAUUCAGGCCACAAUAGACACCAGAGACAUCUUAAAAACCAUGGGCAACCCAAGAUCUGGUAAAGACUAUGGCGAUGCUUGCAGCACACAACAAAUAAUCAGUAGGUACGACACUCAUUGCUCUUCAGGAUUAAAAGUACCGGGUGCCAGAGGAAUCGGUAAUAUCUCUUCUACCUGGACUGAAGGAAUCCAAACAGAAGCAUCUGGGCCCAUUUUAGGUGGGAUCAUUGGGAAUGGGAAACAAGAUGAAGAGAAAACCAGUCUCGUGCGGAUUAUGAAAUCCUCACUUGCUGAAGAGGAAGAAAAUUUUGAUCAGGAGGGAGUGGAAGAAAGGGAGGAGAACACAGUAACGAUGAUAAUGACUUCAUCCAAAAAAGUAAAUAAAUCAAGGAGGAGGAGGAAACGGCAGCUAGGCCAAAAGUUGUUGAUGAUGUCACCAAAAAUGAAGCCCUCUCCCUCCUCCUCAUCAUCAUCCUCCUCCUCUCCUUCAUCAUCGUCUUCAUCAUCCUCGUCAGAAGAUGAACGAGAUGUAAUAAAGGAAAGUAGCGACAGAAUACUUAAAAUCGAAGUGUGUGAUCAAGAUACAAGCGACUCUGAAAGCUCGUAUGCUCUGAUGGGUCAGAGGAGGUUUUCACUUAGCAGUUUGCUAUCAAAUGAGAGCCUACAAGGCGAACUUUCACUGCCAGACCUACGGAUCAAGGAACCAGAUGAAGAGGAGGAGGAACCAGGAAAGGAUGGAGACCAGGGGAAAGGAGAUGAGGUCGUAGAGGAAAGCAGAGCAUCGGACGACGAUGUUUUCAUCAACGUUUCAGCGGAACAGAUGUUGGGAUCUGGUUGCCCUCGCACCACAGAGGAUCUAUUCACCAUCAUCCACAGAUCUAAGCAAAAGAUGCUUGGAAAAAGAGACUUGGGAGAAAAGAAGCAUUGUUUUCCUUCGUCUUCUUCAUCGUCCUCCUCUUCUUCUCCAGAGAUUCUCGCUGAUCCCCCAUCCUGUCUCACCAGAGCAGCAGGACUCAGGAAUCACAGACCCGGCAGAAGUGAGAGUUUUAAGGCUCUCCUGCUGAGGAAAGGCAGCCGAGUUGAAUCGUCUUCUCGAAUCUCAGCAGUGGAGCGUCUUUUUGUAGGUCAGCUCCAUCCUGCUCUUUCUAAACACCAGAAGAAUCCUCCUGGUCCUCUGACUCCCGACGAGUUGAAGGCUGUUAACCCCUCCUCUGCUGUUGGGAAUCCCAGUUCCCUGCUGUCUUUGAAUUUCCCUCCGUUAUCGCCUUCGCUCUCCAUGAUGUUUGGCUGGAAACGGCGGGAUCUGAUCCACAGUCAGCUCCUUCUCACAUCCGCCUCUUCCUCACCCUUCCUGGUCUUUUCCUCCUCCCACAUGCGUCCUCGGUCCCUAACUCCUCCCUGCUCCAGCAGCAGACGGUUCGCUGCCCGCUGCCGUCUCUUUGCUGCCCCCAUGACUGCCAUCUUGGAAGGGGAAGACGAGGAGAUAGAUGAUGAGGUGUUUGUGGAGUCACCGGAGGAUGAUGAUUCAAGUCUUUGCAUGUUUGAAACUUCUUAGAGGAUAAAUUCACAAAAAGACUUUCUGGAUGUUUUAAAAGGACCUCUGAAAUGUGUGGAUCUUCCAAACAAAGGUGAGCUUUGCUGACCUCUGCUGGAGCUGAAUGGACAUAAACGGCUCCAGAGGUCUGAGUG